AUGGCGAUGAGCAACGACAAGAUGGCGAGUUCCGCCCGCCAAAUUUCUUUCCUAAAAUCAAGCUCAAAGGAAGGUGAGGAAGGCAGCCUGGACGGCAACGCGGCCAGAAAUACUGGACUCGCGGCGGGAGAAUCCAAGAAAGAUUUCAGCCGCGGAUACGGCUUGACUCCUGGCGCUGACGGACCGAGAAUUGCGCCCGUUCUGCCGCAUCUGAGGGCUUUGGAGGACGGGCCGAAGAGCGACGAUGAUUCGCAGACGACGGAUAUCCUGGGGCGGCAGUUGGAGCUACAGCUGGCAGAAGGUGAGGUCUGCUCCGGUCCUAGUCAGGCUUACCCGCGCUGUUCUGGUCCCGGUGGAUCUGGGACAAGCGCCGAGCCUCGCUUGGAGAAUGUCAACAAGAACCGAACCGCAGCUCUCCUUUUCUCCGAGUACAUAUGCUUGGCUAUCAUGUCGUUCCCGUCAUCUUAUUCCAUUCUUGGACUAGUCCCUGGUUUGAUCCUGACUGCGGCCGUUGCGGCAAUUGUGUUGUAUACCUCCUUGACCGUAUGGCGAUUCUGUUUGCGCCAUCCCGAGGUCCGAGACGUCUGUGACAUUGGACAAAUGCUGUUUUGGAACAAGAAAUGGGCGUGGUGGGCUACCGGUGUCAUGUUUCUUUUGAACAAUUGCUUCAUCCAGGGUCUCCACGUCUUGGUUAUCGCCAAGUAUCUGAACACAAUGACCAACCACAGCCAGUGCACGAUUGUAUUCUCUCUUAUUGCUGUUAUCGUUAGUUGGUUCGUCUCCCUUCCCAGAACCUUCGGCGUUUUGGGCUGGCUGGCUACUGGAUCGGCGUUUUUCACCUUCAUCUCCGUCGUGAUGGCCGCGGCCUUCGCUGGCGCAGAGGACCACCCCGCCGGAUACAACCCAGAUCCCAAUUUCGUUGAUCCAGUCACUGGAUUCAGUGGGGGAAAUCCGAUUGUAACUGCUCUUCCCGUGAAGGGCACCACGUUCGUCAUGGGCAUGAGCGCUUUCCUGAACAUCAGUUACACCUUCAUCGGCCAAAUUACCAUCCCCAGCUUCAUCGCGGAAAUGGAGAACCCAGCAGAUUUCCCGAAGGCCCUCUGGCUCGUUACCAUUGUUGAGAUCUUCGUUUUUGGGAUCAUUGGGUCGAUUGUCUACGCCUACACCGGAAAUCAGUACAUGACAGCGCCGGCAUUCGGGUCACUCAGCAACGAAAUCUACAAGAAGAUCUCGUUCUCAUUCAUGCUCCCCACCCUGAUCUUUCUCGGCGUCCUAUAUGCGUCUGUCUCGGGACGAUUUAUCAUGAACCGGAUCUUUGACGCCAGAUCCCCACACGUGACAGGGAAUACCAUCAAGGGCUGGUCUGUCUGGGGUGCUGCUCUUGCUAGCACGUGGAUCGUAGCAUUCAUAAUCGCCGAAGUCAUCCCCUUCUUCAGCGACUUGCUUUCCCUCAUGACCUCGCUCUUCGACUCCUUCUUCGGCUUCAUCUUCUGGGGCGUAGCCUACAUCCGCAUGCGGCGUGUCGACGGCGGCAUCGAAUGGCUGCAAGAGCAGAGCGUGUACGGCUUCUCCAUGUUGGCGCUGAAUCUCUUCAUCAUCGUCAUCGGCUUCUUCUUCCUCAGCGCCGGCACGUACACGAGCGUCCAGAGUAUCAUCAACAGCUACGCGGAGGGGAACGUCUCGGGAGUCUUUACUUGUGCUAGUAAUGGGCUGUAA